AUGGAUACCCAGCCACCUGAUAAUAACCUCAACCUGCAGUCAGGUGGGGAACUGGAGAAGAUGUUUGUGCUCGAAAGCUACCGACUUCUCGAUGACAUCCAUGGCCUGCUCACGCAAUUUGCCGAGAUGAACGUUGUCAGAGAUCCGAGUGAACGGUGCCAAAUAACCGGGUUGACACUUGGAGGUGAUCUGACUUUCUCCCCCACCACAGGUGAGUUGUCCAUGACCAUGAGGUUCCAGGAGGCCGCACAGACUUUCAAAGCCACAUGGCUUCGAUAUUCAACAGCUAGGACAAGGAUGUUUCGAGACAAUGGUGCAAGUGUGGAGACUCCGAGAAAAACAUAUGGGGACUUCUUGAGCAGCUUCUCCAAAGUCUGUCUUGAACUCUGCAACAAAGUUCGGGACUUUCAGCACUGGAGCGUUGCGGAGUUGGCAGACCGCCAGCUGUUCACCACUGAAUUCGUCAACAAAGCUUCUCUUUUUGCCAUUGAGUCACAGAUAGAACCUAUGCUCAAUUGUGUCAAGGAAAACUUUAAGGCCGAAUACGGUCAAGCUCUCUUUGACAUGUACAAGCAGCAGAAGGCUCAAAGAGACUCUGAAGCUUUGAACCACCCCACUGAGCUUGACACUCCCAGUGUGAUAGCCAAUGUCAUACUUGAGCGUAUCUACGUAGCCGUCAUCUUGAUGAAUGAGGAGGAAUGCAAUGAUGAUGAGGAGGAUUUCACUUCAGUACUACCUCUGAUACCGCUGAUCGAUGACGAUGAAAACAAUGACGAUGACGAUGACGAUGACGAUGACGAUGACGAUGACGAUGACGAUGACGAUGACGAUGACGAUGACGAUGACGAUGACGAUGACGAUGACGAUGACGAUGACGAUGACGAGGGUGGAGCAGUCUGUGGGACAAAGCCUGAAGAUGCUAGGCAGGAUGACGAUUUUCUCACGUCACCAGAGCACCAUAUUCGUGACGGGCAUAAAGCAUCAACCGUUCUCAAGAUCCUCAACUUCUUCCACUUCCCAAUCAUGGCUGCUUUUGAGAAGUUCAAUGAACACAAAGACUAUAUCCGAUUUCGGAUCGACAGCCAUGUUCUAAGCGAGCUGAGGCUCCUUGAUGCGACAGAGGAACUUACCCUGGCGUUGGCCAAACUGGUUGCUUCCAAAGACCCCAGUGAGCAAUUCACUCUUGGCAGUUUGUCACCUGAUGGGGUAUUUGAACUCAACCCCCAACCAAACACCACAAGCACUGAGUUUGAGGAGGCAAGACAGAAGUGGCAAAACAGAUGGUGUGAGAAACUGGAAGUCCUGAGACAUGAGCAGGAGAUUACACUUCAAACGAUGUCUCGCGAUAUUAUGCGAAUGCAGCGUUCUGCUCAAGAGAAUGAGCCGCCGGACUAUGUGUUCCCUCUGGGCUUGGGGGUCUCAAUUGGCAGCCAGCGCAGAUCUAGAGCAGAUGCGAAAUUUCUCAGUACUUUCAGGUCAGGGCUUACAGAACAAAUUCAGCCCCUACGGGAGGACAUACUCUCCCAAUUAAGUCCGGAACUUGCCAAACAGUACAGGCGGUCAGAGGAUCACCAGGGAGAACUAAUUUCAGAGGAUAAGAUGAAUGUAGGGGAAAUUGCCGGAAGGGGUAAUAAUCCAACUGACGGUUCAGCCGUCGCGGGAUUAGGGGUCCAGAGUUUACAGGAUUAUAAUCAUGGAGUCACUGAGCGUAGGCAGCAGAUACAUUAUUCAAUGGUUCUGGUUCCUUCUUUGAAGAAUGUAUCUUCCUCUGUCUGA